ACUGAACAAAAUAAUAGUGUGUUUUCAUGGAGCUUUAGUGUAGUGGGGGAAACUGGCAAACAGUGGGUUUGGGGUUGACGAUAAACUGGCAAGUAAAACCGUCUGCCAGGCGGUGUAAAUGUGAAGCAGGGAAGGGUAUGGUAGUGCCAGCAGAGGUGGGGGCAGGUGUUCCCGAGAGUAGGCAGGGGCCAUCUCAACAAGAAGGUGGUCAUUUGACCUUUCGGCAAGGCUGAGAAGGAGGCAGGGGAGUAAGCCCCAUGGAUAGCCGGGGAAAGACGUUUCUAUGCAGACGGGAGUAUGUGUAUAAAAGCCUCGAGGUUAAAGGAUGUUAGAGCCAGUUGGGGGUAUUUGGGGUCAUCUGGUCCCACUCUCAUUUACAAAUAGGAAAGAGGUUCAGGCAGCCCAAAGUUGCUCUAACGAGCACCGCAGCCUAGGGCCCUGGGCUCCCUAGCGCGUGCUCUUUGCGCUGCCUCAGCCACUGGUGCCUCCUGCGGUGCAGACCUGUUACUUGCUGGGGACGCUAGACAAGCCUCGGUGCUCUAGGCUGCUGCCUUAACCAAAGCAUCCAGUUACAAACAACAGUACUCAUGCCAUCCACCCUCACCUUCCAGUCAGCCCUUCUCAGAGGUCACACGCGGGCUGUUCCACGUGGAAAACGUUCUCAUUCUCUGUGCUCUACUUCUGUUGGGUUUGGCAGCGGACCACCUCUUCUUAGCCCUUGGUCUCUGGGAUACUGCUUUUCUCUUACUGUGAUCAUUCCUUGUUGGAAUUUCUGCCUCCUCCCUCUUCAUUAAAUGUAUUUGUCCAAGGAGUCUGUUUUCAGACACCUCUCCCUAUUGAAUUCUUCGGCAUUUGACGACUUUUCAUGUGGGACUGACCCCCAUACUUGUAUUUCUAUUUUCUGUCAGUGAGGCAAGAGUUAGGUGUUUUAAGACUUCAGGGACUAAGGUUAUCAGGUGACUCACGUGAACUAUAAAGCUAUAGAUAGCACUUUGAAUAGACUUACCCCUUUAGUACUGGCACCACUAAUGCUCCAGUUUCCUGGUCUGUAAGAUAGGGAUUAUAAUGCUAUCUACUUGGUAGGAUUAUUGUGAGGAUUAGUGAAUUAAUAAUUCUGAAGUGCUUUUAUAUGUAUUUUCUCUCAUAUAAUACAAAAACUAAAAUGUCUCUGUUCUGCUUUAAACCUUUCCUGGAAAAAAGUAGCUGUAAAUAAAAUCAUCCUCAUUUUACAGGUGAGGAAACAGCUUCAGAGAGGCCAGGUAACUUCCAGAAGGAAUUAAACCUUCUAAGAAGCAGGCUUCAAACUCAGGCCAGUGUGAAACUUGAGCUCUGGACAUUUUAGGUCAAGUCUAUAACUACUGUAUUUGCUUUAUUAGAUGAAACUACAGAGAGGGCAAAGCUCAGACCCUCCACUGGGCAUAAAUUAAUUUGAUCCUGCUUAACUGCUCUGGGAGGUAGACAGGGUUGGGACCUGAGCUCGGGUCUUGUCAGGCUAAACCUGAAUAGAAUGGGUAGCAGUGGAACUGAGGACAGAAGAGGGCAGGAGGUGUGCUGGUGUGGUUGAGGGCUGUACUGGUCAUGUUCACUGGAGCAGAAAUAUGACUUUCAAAUGCCUGCUGAUGCUGGGGUGGAGGCAGGGCUGUGGAGUUAAGUUUGUGAUACACCAAAGUGGACUGGAGGCCAAGGCAGGGCUGGGUAUGGGGGACCUGGGGAGCCUUCCAGCUAGUGAGGCUGUAUCUCAGUGCAGCGUCCCCUUCGCAGAAGCCCAAAGAGACCCAGCCUGCUUUCCUUUUCUGGCCUCUGCUGUGGUCACUCAGUAGAGCAGAGUGGUUAAAAGUUCAAGCUUUAAGGCAGUGAUCUCCAAACCUGUUUUGUUAUAUAUACAUAUUUUUUGAGCAUGUAUCCCAAGAUAUGCAUGUUUAUUUGUGAAGUAUAACAAUGCCUUCUUGGCUAAUAUGUCUUGAAACAGUGACAAAAAUUUAAUGUAUAAGGAAAAUAUGCUACUAUUUAUUUAAAAUCUGGAUUACCUUUUGUACUCCACAUUGCUAGCUUCUGCUCCCAAGGUCAUGUUUUGGCUGUGUGAAAUUGGGAAACUUCCUUAACCUCUCUAAUCUUUGGUUUUCUCAUCUGUAAACUAAGGAUAACACUACCACCUGAGAUGCGGGAGGAUUAAAUGAGAUAAUUCGAAUAAAGCUCUUAAUGCCCACAAGGAGAAAAGUCUUCCUUUUCUCCCAAAACGAGUAUUAGAAUUUUAUUAAUAUUAGCUUCCCUCUUUUGCUGUGCUGAAAAUUGAUCCAGGUCCUUUUCGUGGGAAAGAUUCUACACAGGAGGUAGGUAGGUGGGGGCUGCCAAUAAUACAAACGUGGGGAAGUUGAAAGUAGGGGAAACCUCCGUAUUUUGCAUAGUAAUUGUAUUGGGUUUGGAAUUCCUGACGACUCUUGAAUGGUGCACGGAAGCCUGCCGGAGCAGAUCCUCCGACCUAAACACCCUGAUACAGAGGACACUCGCUAUGUGCCACACGUUCCAAGUACGUUAUACAGUAAUAUUUCCUCAGGCCUCAUAACUACCGAGUUAGGUGCCAUUAUUCACAUUUUGUUAAAUAAUUUGCCCAAGGACGUACGGCUGGGAAGUCGUGGAACUGGCGCUCAGAUGCCCCGCUACGCCAGAGCCCGUGGUUAAGUCCGGACCGGGUGCUUCAGGACCGCCGCGGGCAGGUCUUUGGGUCGUGGCGGCCGCCCCGCGGCUACCACAGCACUUGCUGCAUAGACCGCUGAAGGGGCAGGUGCACGACAAACGGAAGAAACCGGGUUGCGCCUUUAGAGGGAUGCGGAGGGGACUGCGGGGCGCGCCCGUCCCGGGACGGCCGGCGAACGCUCUCACCGGCGGGCCGGGCAGCUCCGACGCCCCGCCCCUUCCGGCCCGGGCCCCGCCCCCUCGCGCCGGCGUCCUUCGCUUUGCGUCGUGGAAUUUUGUCCAAAGCGCCGAGCAGUCUCGCCGCUACCAUGGCGGCGGCUCCGCCGCUCUCCAAGGCCGAGUAUCUGAAGCGGUACUUGUCUCGGGCAGAUGCCGGCGCCGACGGGGGCCCUGAGUCCUGUCGCAAGCGUCGCAGAAAGCGGCCGAAGCCUGGCGGGGCCGGCGGCCAGGGAAUGCGGAUUGUGGAUGAUGAUGUGAGCUGGACAUGUAUCUCCACCACUAAACCAGAAAAGGAGGAAGAAGAUGAUGGGGAUUUACCUGUGGUGGCUGAGUUUGUGGAUGAGCGGCCGGAAGACAUAAAGCAGAUGGAAGCUUUUCGUUCCAGUGCCAAAUGGAAGCUUCUGGGAGGUCACGGUGAAGAUCUGUCCUCACCCAGACGUUUACGUCACGACACCCCAGAUUCUUCUCCCCCGAGGAGGGCCCGUCAUGACACCCCGGAUCCAUCUCCCCCAAGGAGGGCUCGUCACGACACCCCAGAUUCUUCUCCCCCGAGGAGGGCCCGUCAUGACACCCCGGAUCCAUCUCCCCCGUGGAGGGCCCGUCACGACACCCCGGAUCCAUCUCCCCCGAGGAGGGCCCGUCACGACACCCCAGAUCCAUCUCCCCCGAGGAGGGCCCGUCACGACACCCCGGAUCCAUCUCCCCCGAGGAGGGCCCGUCACGACACCCUGGAUUAUUAUCCCCCAAGGAGGGCCCGUCACGACACCCCAGAUCCAUCUCCCCCGAGGAGGGCCUGUCACAACACCCUGGAUUCUUAUCCCCUGAGGAGGGCCCGUCACGACACCCCGGAUCCAUCUCCCCCGAGGAGGGCCCGUCACGACACCCCGGAUCCAUCUCCCCUGAGGAGGGCCCGUCACGACACCCCGGAUCCAUCUCCCCCGAGGAGGGCCCGUCACGACACCCCGGAUCCUUCUCUCCUCCGGAAGCCUCAUCGUCAUCCUUCAGGUGUAUCUCCGAGGAGGGCCCGUCAUGACAUGCCAGAUCUGUCUCCUCCUAGGGGGGCCCAUCACAGUUCCUCAGAUCUCUCUCCCUCAGGAAGGGCCCGCAACAGCCCCCCUGACACAGCUCAACCUAGAAGGACUCCUGGCCCCUCGGACGCGUCGCAGCUCCGGAGAGCCCGUCGUGACUCUUCCAGUUUGGCUUCUGAAGAACCUCAUUCACUGCCCAGAAACAAGAGCAGCAAAGCCGCCCCAGGAAGGGCCUCUAGCAGAGCCUCUCCACAUUGGCAGGGGCCAGGGCGCUCUCCUCCGUCCCUGUCCAAGAACAGCAAACGUGACUACGACUUGGGUCUCUCUCCUCCACGGAAAAAACAAGCCAAGUCCCAUUUUGGAAGUAAGCAGCUUGAUUCUAAAGGGUCUUCCCCCAGCCAUAGGACAUUUCAUAUAAGCUCUUCACCUAGGAGAUGUCAGAGUCACACGCUGGACUCUUCUUACCCCAGUGGCAGUUGGAAAGUGUCUGAUUCAGAUCUGUCACCUCCACGGAAUAGACCUAGGCCCCAGACCUCUGAUUCUGACCUCUCCCCACCAAGGAGGAAACAGAGGGCUGGAUCAUCCGAUUCUGAUCUCUCUCCACCUCGAAGGAAUCAGCCUCCAGGAAAGAAGGCCACACACAUGUAUUCUGGAGCUAAAACUGGCUUGGUGUUAACUGACAUACAGCAAGAGCAGCAGGAACUCAAGAAGCGGGACCAAGAAAUAGCAUUUGAAGAUGAAUUCCAGUUUGCUGAAACCAUAUUUCGAGAUAAGUCUGGUAGAAAGAGAAAUUUGAAACUGGAACGUUUAGAGCAAAGGAGAAAAGCAGAGAAAGACUCGGAGAGAGAUGAGCUGUAUGCCCAGUGGGGUAAAGGGCUUGCCCAGAGCCGGCUGCAGCAACAAAAUGUGGAGGAUGCGAUAAAGGAAAUGCAGAAGCCCCUGGCCCGCUACAUUGAUGAUGAAGAUCUGGACCGGAUGCUGAGAGAGCAAGAAAGAGAGGGGGACCCUAUGGCCAACUUUAUCAAGAAGAACAAGGCCAAGGAGAAUAAGAAUAAGAAAGUGAGCCCUCGCUACAGUGGCCCAGCUCCACCUCCUAACAGAUUCAAUAUUUGGCCCGGGUAUCGCUGGGAUGGAGUGGACAGAUCCAAUGGAUUUGAACAGAAGCGCUUUGCCAGGCUUGCCAGCAAGAAGGCGGUGGAGGAACUUGCCUACAAGUGGAGUGUUGAGGAUAUGUAACUUUUCUGAGGCUGUGGGGAUGGUUGUGGGUUGUGGUAGUGGACAUAGGGCAGCCAGAUUCCAGCUAUAAAAGUUGUCUAUGUUAAUAAUCAGGGCCUACAUGGACCGGCAAUUUGUUGAAUGCCAGUUUUGACUGCAGAAGAUUAUGUGAGAGCUGAUGUUUGGACUGAGUGCCUGUUCUUAUCAGGUAUACAUGCCAACAUUGGCUGUUGCUGGCUGUCAGAGGAAGCAUUGAUUUCUCUGUCCCUGGUUUGUUCUUGGGAAUUUGUCUUUUUUAAUAAAUAUGCAUUUAUUUUUUCACAAU